UUCUAAUUGUUUAAUGCAUGUAAAAAAUAAUUAAAUUUUUUUAAACGAAAGUUUAAAACUUCAAAGUUUUUAAUCACUCGUUGUAGGUAAGUACUUAAGUACUUAAUAUUAUAUUUACAAAAAUUAACGAGGAGUUCUGACUGUGGAACUUUUUUGAGAGUUCUGCUGAUUAUGGGGGCAGUGGAAUAUUGAAUAAGUAAUAGUUUCUAUGAAAAAUAGGCAGGACUGCUUCAGUGCAGUGCAGUUCCUAAACCAUCUCCCAUACAUUUACCUUUAAAUCCGAAAAUUUCUACAUGUUUUUGGCAUUUUUUAUCAUGUUUGCGAGCAAUGUAACAUGAGCUUAUAUAAUUUGUACACAUCUCAGGCGAAACAAUAUCGUUCUACUAGCCUUCGUUUGCUAUAUAAACAACAACCGAUUUGCAGUCGAAUUAAGUUUAAUCUUGUUAAGAUGAAACCGCGCAUCUCGCUGCUGUUUUUUUUCGGUGCGCUCGUUUUCAACGGCUGUUUUGCAGCACCCAACUGGGAGUACGAGCCCAUAUCCCUAACAUCCUAUACCUCGGAUGAGAACCUAUUAAAUAUCUCUACAAAGGUUGAGCGUUUGGGACGCAGUGAAUAUGCCUUUUCCAUGACGUUGGAUUGGAAAUAUCAAGCAGAUGAAAAUGAUAUGGUUGAAGCUGAUGUUUAUCACUGUUCAUCGGGAGAUGAGAACGACUACAAAAUGAUGCCCUGGUCUAUUCCCCAACAGCCAUUCUUUGAGUAUCUAAACGGCUUCUACAAGGAUGCGUUUAUAAAGAAUGUGGGACACUGCUCGAAUAUGCUACAAUUCGAAGGCGAUUUUGUUCCCCCGUGGCCCCCUAAUCUCUACAAGCUCGAUAGGUGUGUGGCCAAUGGCGAGGGAUUACCAGAAGUCGCCCCCGAAGGAUUCUUCAAGCUGUGUUACAAAGCCACUGGACAGGUCGACUGGGGCUUCACGCUAAUCGUAAAGGUCAUGAGCAAGGUUAUCUGAAGGGCACAUUUUUGGCAGACAACUGUUUUUUUUUUUUUUGAAUUGUAACUAAAAUUGAAAAAUGUAAAUAUUAAAGUUUUCAAAAGGCA